UGUGAACUACACGUGUGCCUAUAGGCUAUACAACAGAGUGCAUGGGAACGAAUUCAAGGCGAAAGGAAUCGAUGGGUCACGUUGGCUCUGCAAUACACUAGUGAUGUCUGACAGGAGCCAAAAUGGCAGCGUUGUUUUAUUUCCAAACAUCAUUUUUUAUUCGUGUGACCUAUUCAGCCAGGCGCCUAACCGUGUUUGUUAAAUAACGUUUCCGUUACCUUCAUACGCACGUUUUGAGUAGGUUUGUUCUCUGUUGUCGUUAACCAGAGGAACGGCUGGUUUGUGAAUGAGGCAAGACUGGGGCCGUUUAGUCUUGUGUUUUCCACUCCUCCUCCUCCUGUUGUCAACAAUGACAGCUCCCCUACCAUAGUUGCUGCAAAUGAAAAUGGAGGAUAUGUCUCUGUCAGGCCUGGAUAACACCAAGCUAGAGGCCUUGGCUCAUGACGUGUACUCUGACCUAGUGGAAGAUGCCUGUUUAGGGCUGUGCUUUGAGGUGCACAGGGCCGUCAAACAGGGCUAUUUCUUCCUGGAUGAAACGGACCAAGAAAGUAUGAAGGAUUUUGAAAUAGUGGACCAGCCUGGUGUGGACAUCUUUGGGCAGGUGUACAACCAGUGGAAGAAUAAGGAGUGUGUUUGUCCCAACUGCAGCCGGAGCAUUGCGGCCUCUCGCUUCGCUCCUCAUCUGGAGAAGUGUCUCGGCAUGGGCCGCAACAGCAGCCGAAUAGCCAACCGCAGAAUAGCCAGCAGUAAUAACACAAGCAAGUCAGAAAGCGAUCAGGAAGACAAUGACGACAUCAAUGACAACGACUGGUCCUAUGGCUCAGAGAAGAAAGCCAAGAAGAGGAAGUCAGAAAAGAAUCCAAACUCUCCCAGGAGAUCCAAAUCCCUGAAGCACAAGAAUGGAGAGCUCAGCGGCGGUGUAAAUCCAGACAUGUACAAGUAUAACUACAGCUCUGGCAUAAGCUACGAGACACUGGGACCCGAGGAACUGCGAUCCAUUCUGACUACACAAUGCGGAGUUGUGUCAGAGCAUACAAAGAAAAUGUGCACUCGGUCAACACUACCAGACGCUGACACCAUGCUGGAAAACGAGGCCUAUGAACCCCCUGAUGGCCAGCUCAUCAUGUCCCGUCUCCAUUGGGACGCUUCCUCUGACAUCUCCCCAUCAGACUCGGCAUCUUCAAAAGCCAGCACCAAUAACUCUGAAUCCAAGAGACCGAAGAAGAAGAAGCCCAGCACGCUUUCUCUGACUCCCGCAGGAGAGAGGGAUAAAGCACAGGAGCGAGACAGAAUAGCAGGCAGCGGGAGCAGCGGUAGCAGCUCCCAGAAUGCUCUGGGUCUCUCAAGUCGGAAAAAGCGACCAAAACUUGCAGUUCCUCCAGCACCCAGCAUCUAUGAUGACCUGAACUAAGGCACAUGCAUCCCACACACACACCCACACCCAAUCAUGACUGACUUGAUGAGGUUUUAUCUGGUCUUUAGUUUCCCCCAUUUCAGUGCACGUGAACGUGACGUGUGUGUAAAGACUGGGCCCCUUUUCAGACUUCUGCAGGCAUGAAGAGAUCAUUUGUUACAGCACAGUGUUGCACAGUGAGUGAUUUAACUGAAUAUAUAUAUAUAUAUAUAUUGUGUGAAUGGAACUAGCUUUAUUUUGAUUUUACUAUGCAGUUCACUGUCAUCUCUUAGGAGAUUUGGGUUUACAGUGAUGUGUGUGUGAGAGUUGGACAGUUUGUAUGUGAAUGGGUUGUUGCAAGUAUUUUGUCCCUGGUGGCUCAUGUAAUUCAGUCAGGUGCUUAGUGGUUUUUAAAGGACGUCUCUGCUUCAUGUUGUCUUGCUAAUCUUUCUGCAACCUGAUAGGCUCGGCUAUGCUCUUUUAAUGCCAAACAAUAUACUCUCUUUUGCUCUCCCUUAAAGGGACAGUUCACCCCAAAAUGAAAAUUCUGCAAUCAUUUACUCACCCUUGUUUAAAGCCUUUUUGAGUUUACACAAGAAGAUAUUUUGGAAAAUGAGAGUAUGGAAAUCAGUGUUUUCCAGCAUUCUUCACAAUUUUUGUGUGUGUGUGUUUAAAAGCACAUGAGCGUGAGUGAAUAAUGUGAAUUUUCAAUUGUGGCUGAUCUGUCUCUUUAAUGAACUUGGUUAGCGCUACCAGCAGCUUUCUGCCAAAUCUGUGCGCACACAAUCUUCUGCCUUGUGUGUUUUGGAGUUUGCUGUUCUUGUUUGCUGUCAUGGUUAAUAUAUUUUGCCUGUAUUUAUUUGAUCUGCUGUGUGAAUGUUGUUUUGUUUUAAAUCAUGAUAUGUGUAUGCAUUUCCUCGCAUUAUGGACUUAAAAUGAGUUUGUUGAUCUUCAAAGCACUUACUAUUUAACGUUAGAUGGUUUUGUAUUAAAUAUAGUUUGUUAAAGUCUAAUCAGAAAUGCGUAUAGCAAUUGAAAAUGCACUUAAGAUGGAUCAAAUCCAGCCCCUAUGGACGCCUUGUCUUUUUUAAAGUGAAAAUGUUGUCAUUGUUUGAUCGUUAGUGAAUUUUAGAGUUUGAAAUGACUUGAGCUUUUGUGUUUGUUGUGAAUGGACAGAAUUGGUACAAUUCACACUGUCCUUGCUGUGAGUGGAUGUUUCGUCUGUGACGCCGAGUUCUUGCUGUCUCUCAAUGCACUGUAGUGUCUUUGUAAUGGUUGAAGUAAAUAUUCAUUUUGAAGUAAUUCACCAUUUAAUUUCUGAAGUCUGAGGAAUGAAAGAGUCAUUUGUUUGCUCACAUUAAAAUAUGCUCAACAAG